UGUCGUCGCUGGAUCACAAAGUCCUACAAACGCACAACCAUCAGAUAUAACCAUAGUUAAGUUCAACCCUCUUUCAAGAGAUCAUGGCGGAUUUUAACGCAGACGAAUAGUUUAUUGGAGUCUUACUUACAUUGAUAUGACACUACUUGAUAAGUCGAGUUUGUUAAAGUGCUUUGAAUGAAGAAACGCGAGUUAAAGUACACACGCGCGCGCAAGAAGAAGUGAGAUACCUGCGCUGUUCACCUUGCCAGGGAGAAGGUUGGUGGUGUGUUAGUGGGAUGUCUGAAGAUCAGCUGUGGCCUGACUAUGGUGAAACACCAACCCUUGCAGGUCUAUGAGAGACAGCUGUGUUUAUCCUGCCUGACCGGGAUCUACGGCUGCCGUUGGAAACGUUACCAGCGCUCCCAUGACGACAGCUCCAAGUGGGAACGUGCAUGGUUCAUCCUCCUCUGCUGUUCGUUUCUCCUCCUCCUCAUCUGGUCUUACUUCUGGUGGCAAGCUCGUAAUGAUUACAACGAGUUCAACUGGUUGUUAUAUAACCGUUCGGGCGUUUGGAAGGAUGGCACUAUCCCCAUUCUCGCCACAACACUCACAGGAUUUACUUACACUGCAUUUUUAAUAGUUCUUGCGCUUUGUCAUGUUGCACUGGGACAGCAGCUAAACUUAUAUUGGCUCCAUAAGAUUGGAGUUUUGGCAGUUCUCCUCACCACCGUCACAGGAGUUGUGUCCAUCGAUGAUUUCUGGCAGGAUGAGUGGGACAUUGUGAUUAUUUCUCUCCAGUUCACAGGUCCGUUCCUUCACAUCGGGGCCUUAGCUGCGGUCACAGCAUUGGGGUGGGUCGUUGCUGGUCAGGUGGUACGAGGUGAAAGAUCAAGACUCCAGGUUGUAACUCUGAUGGUUUAUGUGAGUGUUCUCUUGGUUCUGUAUCUGGUUCCUCUCUUCAUCUCAUCUCCCUGCAUCAUGGACCGGUCCAAGCUCGGUCCUCGUCCUGCUGUCAUCGGUCGUCGCGGGGCUCCAAUGCUUGCUCCAGAACACACAGUUAUGUCUUUCAGUAAAGGCUUGCAACACAAAGUAAACUCCCUGGAGGCUGAUGUUGCCAUCAGUCUGGAUGGAGUGCCCUUCCUGAUGAGGGACCGUACGCUUCGCAGGACCACCAAUGUGGACAAACUGUUUCCUUCCCGUCAGAACAACGACGCCUCGCUAUUUAACUGGACAGAAAUUCGGAGUCUCAAUGCUGGACUUUGGUUCCUCAGGGAUGACCCAUACUGGACAGUUCAGUUCAUGUCAGAGAGGGAACGGAACCGCGCAGCCAAUCAGACGGUGUGUAGCCUUUCGGAGCUCCUGCGUAUGGCUGCUCGAACAAAUCGCUCUGUGAUCUUCAAUCUGCGACGACCUCCACCCCAACACCCACGACAUCAGCUCUGGGUCAGCGACGCUCUGAAAGUGAUACAGAGAUCCAGUAUUCAACCAGAACAGGUGAUGUGGACACCCGACUGGUACAGAGAUAAGGUGCGGGCAGCAGUUCCUCUACUCCAGCAGACGUCAGAUGAGAAACUUCCAGUGUCUCAGCUAAAGGACAGAGGGAUCAGCACAUUGACGCUACACUACAGCCAAGCUAGAGCUCAGGAUAUCAGGCAGUUUUCUGGCAGUAAUGUGAGUGUGAAUGUGUAUCCAGUGAACGAGCCGUGGCUUUAUUCGCUCAUGUGGUGCAGCGGAGUGCAGUCGGUUUCCUCUGAUGCUCCACACAUCCUGAAGAAAGUGCCUAAUCCACUAUGGAUCAUGAGUCCAGAUGAAUAUAGCUUGAUAUGGAUCACCUCAGAUCUCAUCUCUUUAGCAGUUGUCAUUUGCGUCUUCAUAUUUCAAAAGUGGAAGAUGAGCGGCAUGCGUAGCUACAACCCUGAGCAGAUCAUGCUGAGCGCUGUGGUCCGCCGGCCGAGUCGGGACGUCAACAUCAUGAAGGAGAAACUUAUAUUCUCAGAAAUCAACAAUGGAGUUGGGAGCACAGAUGAGCUUUCUGUGUAUACAGGGAAUGGAAUAGAUGCGUAUGCCUGUGAAGACACCACGAUGCUCUCAAGUCACGUGACCAAAGUGAAACCUGGACUUCCGGUUUGAAUCAAUUUAUGGAAGGAACAUUUCAAGCUUAUUAUUAUAAUUGUUUUAGCCUGAGUUUCUCUACUGUUCUUGUUGAUUUAUAAACACUCGGGGGACUCGGAGAACAAGAGAAUCUUAAUUGGAUCAGAUUUGUUUGUACACGGUUCUGAUAGUUACAUCACUGUUUCAGUGUUCUGUGUUGAUGCCUUAUGUAUGGAUUAUUUUCAUGUAUUUAAAAAUGGAGUUGAGUAACUGUAGCAGUAUGUGAACUGUAAACAGAGUCAAAGCAGAUACUGUCCUACUGUUAAAGCCCAAAAUUGAAAAAUGAUGUCAUCAUUUACUCAUCCUCGAGUUGUUCCUAAUCUGUAUCAAUUUAUUUGUUCUGAUGAACAAAGAAAAAUAAAUUUGGAAGAAUGCUUGUAACUAAACAGUUCUUGGAAACCCUGGACAACUGUAGCAGGAAAAUUUACUUUUUUUAACACAAAAUUAUAUAUAUUGAAGGGUGUAGGAAAGCAAAUAGUUCUGGGCACCUUUGACUACCAUUGUCAUUUAACCUACUACAGAAGUCAAUGGUGUUCAGGAACUGUUUUGUUUUAAGCACUCUUCCAAAUAUCUUUUCUGUGUUAAUUAGAGCAAAGAAAUGUACACAGAUGUGGAACAACUUGAGGGUGACAGAAUAAUGACAGAAUUUUGAUUUUUGGGUGAACGGUCUCUUUUAAGAUCUUGAUGUGAAUAUCAGAUGAUUAAUAGGUUAAAUGUUCAGAUCAUGCAGAAGUAUAAAUGUUCAGGAUCUCCUGUAAACUGUAAAGCUGACAGGAUAAUUAUUUAUUUUUAUUUAUUUAACUUUUGUAACAUUAUUUGCUUCCUGAUGAUUCAUAUAUUGCUGUAGCUAAAGAUCAAUUUUCUUACCGCUGUAUCAAUGUCUUUUUAAGCGAUUUAUUUUGUAAAGAAAUCUCUGAA